AUGAAGAAGGAACAACCACCCACCGGAGAACCCGUGUUUGUAGGCAAUGGUGUAGAAGAAACGGCCGAACUUCGUACCACCAGCAUUGCUAUGGUGAAACAAUGGUUACUAGACGAGCGGCCCGAUCUUGAUAUCCCCGAGGAAUCGAAAUUGAUUUUGUACUUCCUUCGCACAACCAAGUACGACAUCGAUAAAGCGAAGCGGAAGCUAAUGACCUUUCUUAAAAACAGAGAAAAAUUAACGGAAUGGUUUAAGGAUCGUGACCCGUUUCGGCCGGAAAUACAGGAGCUGCUAGACAUUGGCGUGUUUUUACCGCUGCACGAGAAAGACUCACUUAACCGGCAGGUUGUGAUCAUCCGCACGUCAGCACACGAUCCGGAAAAGCACAAGCAGGACGAUGUGUUCAAGGUGGACAAGAUGAUAUUGGAUCUACUGAUGUACCUGGAUGAAACCGUUUCCAUACACGGUGUGGUGGCAAUAUUUGAUAUGCAGGGCGUUACGCUUGGACACGCACUGCAACUGACUCCGUCCAUGAUUAAGAAGUCGGUCGAAAGCUGGGAGAAUUAUCCCUGCAAACCGAAGCUACUAGAGUUCGUUAACGUACCUGUGCAUGUGAAUAUUGUGCUGAAUGUGUUUAGGAGUUUUAUGAGCGCAAAGAUGAGAGAACGAGUAACGAUCUCGCGCAAAGGCUCAUCGUUGGAGCAAUCGGUCACGUUGCCGCUGGAGCUUGGCGGUAAUGGGGAAAGUUACUAUGAGCUUUCCGAGUACUGGAAGCGAACGGUACAAGAAAAUGCAAGGUUUUACACGAAAAUGGAAGAGAACGUGUUCCAUUUAUGA